GUGACGACGAAUUAAGUGGCUCUCGCACCAAUUUCAAAACAUCAGAGUGCCUACUGAUAACUUUACAGCCGUGAGAUAGACUUUCUUCCGAUCGUAUUUUUACGCUAGCAAAAACGUAAAUAGUACUCUGUCAUUUUGGAGUUAUGUAGCCGUUUUCACCUCUUCAAAGCGAUUUAAUUUGAUGUGAGUCAUGGAGACAACCCCGAUAAAACUGACACCAGCUAAUGAAACACCAAACACAGCCCAGUCUUCUUCAAGCAGGUCAAGUGCUGCCAAGUCUAUGAGUUCCUCGCUGAGGGAGAAGUUAAAAAGAUCGCGACACUCAUUCAGAUCCCCCCUCAGUGUGGUUAAACGCCUUAAAAUAGAAGAUGAGAACCAACCACAGACCUCACAACUGGAGGACACUAACCUCAGUGUGACCGACGACAGAGACCCUGAUACUGAUGUUAAUCAGAAUGACAUGAGGGAGCAAAGAGACUGUUCACAUCACACUGCACAAAAAGACUUGAUUCAGCAAUGUGAAGAGCUAAGAAAAGCAGUGAAGGAGAAAUCAGAAACCUUGCGAAGAUUGAAGAUGGUCAGGAUGUACAGAAAAAAGAAUGACCUGACCCAGCUGCAGAGACUCAUAGACAAAUGGAGAUCCUGUGCUCAGUCUGUGCUGUGUGAAUUACAGAGUGAAUUACCCACAGAGGGAAAACAACUCAGUCUGUCUCAGCUUAUAGACAAUAUAGGGUUAGAUGACAAAAUACUGCACUUUGACAGGACAGAGGAAGACUUCACAGACAACUGAAAUUCAUUGUAUUGCAUUUA